AUGAGGUCUCUUUCCUUGUACUAUCUACUAACAGUCUUCCAAAUCUUCCCAUGUUCCAGUCUCGCUCUCCAUGCGGUAUUUCCUCCUGUAACAAAAGCCUCUUUUCUUCCACAACCGAGCAACAUUCUCGAGCCACGGGCUAUUAGCACUGAGCUCUCGACCUGUGGCUACCUAGACGGUGACCCCAAAAAGAAGAGAACUGCCGAUUCUGGCUUUAACUGUCGAGUCGACACACGCAAUGGACUCUGGGGCUUUUGCACUACAACUGUUCUAACAGCUUCGGACUGUGGACUAGCGGGGAGUUGUGUUGAUCGCCAUGACUGCUCAGAUGGAUGUGGUAUGACUGGCAGCAAGGGGUUGACGACAUUUACUUGUGAUCGCAAGUCAUUCUGUUCCAUGGCUCUUCUCACCUUCGGCGUGGAUCAGACAUACUCCUACAUUGCCUGCGGAACUAAAGCCACUACCGACCAUUACUAUAUAACACCAACUAUGGACAUCACGAAAACGUCCGAGUCCAGUAAAUUAAGCACAUCAGAGACAUCUACAGUCACCUCCAGUGACACAGCAUCAAGCACCACCGAUACCACACAAAAUGCUUCGACAGAAGCGAUUAGUAGUUCUUCGGAAGAAGAAGAUCCGUCUGGAAGCUCCUCCCCUAAUCUCGGCGCCAUCAUUGGAGGAGUAAUUGGAGGGCUCGUUGUUAUCUGUGGUACCAUAAUUACAGCAAUAUUUUUACUUCAAAGAAACCGAAGUAAGGAUGCACAGGCGGGAACAAUAGAGCAAAAUACAGCGGACAAUUCCACAGGACUUUGGAGACGUAGCAAGACAAAAGAGCCACAAGAGCUUGGAGGGUGGGACAUACAUGAACUGCCAGUUAUAGAACAGAAUCAACGUCGAAGUCCAGUGGAACUUGCUGCGUGA